CGAGUAGCCACCCUCUGCUUCGUUUUCCUCUUCUCUCCUCUGGUGGACUCAAGCCUCGACAUUCAAGAAGAGGCUCUCUAUCAUCAAGAUCGCUAAUACACUUCUAACGCGACCAGCGGUACCCCUCCUGUGGUUGGCCCGGACUCCAUCUUGCCAGAGCAUGCUUCGCGGUCAAAGUAUACCAUGGCGGACAGCCCUCCGGAAUGGACAGCGCAACAUAUGUAGAGACUGUCGCCGACAGCUUCUCCAAAGAGGUCUUCUGUCUUCCUCCGCGACCUCUCCAAGUCCCUCACCGUUGAUUUCUCCUGCCGUCAGACAAGGAUUACAAAUACGGCAAUUUUCUUCUCAUCCAAUUCGCCGCAAAGAAAAGCCACCGGAAGAUGAGCCUCCCUCUCAAGCAGAAAAGACCGAUGCAAAAGCGAAGAAAGUCGAGAACGAGUUAGAAGAAGCUCCUCGGACAGAGGACAGCGUCGAGUCGAAAAAGUCGCCUUCAGAGCCUCAGCCUAUACCUCAGACUUCCGGUGAUGGGAAACCUGCAGCCGGAGGGAGUGGUGGGGAUUCAUCCUCAGGAGGCGGACAAAGCUCUGGAGGAAACAGCGAUGGAGGGAAGCGAGGUCGGAAGAGCACUCAGAUAUCGAAACCUACCGUACCGGAAGUAUACCCUCAGGUGAUGGCAAUUCCAAUUGCCAAGCGUCCUCUAUUUCCAGGCUUUUACAAGGCUAUCACUAUAAGAGACCCCAACGUGGUGGCUGCCAUAACAGAAAUGAUGAAGAGGGGGCAGCCUUAUGUGGGUGCAUUCCUCUUCAAGGACGACUCUGCGGACAAGGAUAUCAUCGAGAAGAUGGACGAUGUCCACGAGGUUGGCGUAUUCGCUCAGAUCACGAGUGCAUUCCCUGUGCAUGGAGACGAGCAUAGCUUGACAGCAGUGCUGUAUCCGCAUCGGCGUAUCAAGAUGUCAGCACUACUACCACCCUCUGCGUCGGGGGAGCAGGGGCCGUCACUCGUUGAGGUACAGCCUGCAAAAGAUGGAAAGACGAAAUCUGAAUCCACGGAUGGCAAGGGUGACGUGGUCGCAAGCUUCGAGGAAUCAAAUAAAGAACAACCAACACAACUAAGUGUUUAUGAGCCGACUGCGUUCCUUCGAAAGUUCCCCGUGUCGCUGGUCAACGUUGAGAACUUGACAGAACCACCUUAUGACAAGAAGAGUGACGUCGUCAAAGCUCUAACAGCAGAAAUUGUCAACGUCUUCAAAGAGGUUGCCAGCCUCAACCAGCUCUUUAGAGAUCAGAUCUCCGACUUCAGUGUUUCGCAAUCUGCAGGCAAUGUUCUUGAGGAGCCGGCCAAGCUAGCAGACUUUGCAGCGGCCGUUUCUGCCGGUGAGAUCGAUGAGCUGCAAGAUGUCCUUCAGACCAUGAAUGUCGAAGAGCGAUUACACAAGGCACUCGUCGUGCUGAAGAAGGAAUUGAUGAAUGCCAAACUACAGUCUAAGAUCUCCAAGGACGUCGAGAGUAAGAUUCAGAAACGGCAACGAGAAUAUUGGCUUAUGGAGCAGAUGAAGGGUAUUCGAAGAGAGCUUGGCAUCGAGUCUGAUGGCAAAGACAAGUUGGUCGAGAAGUUCAAAGAAAAGGCCCAGAAGCUGGCAAUGCCUGAAGCUGUGAAGAAGGUGUUCGAGGAAGAGCUUAACAAGCUGGCCCACCUCGAACCUGCAGCCUCGGAGUUCAAUGUCACGAGGAAUUAUCUUGAUUGGAUCACUCAAGUUCCCUGGGGUCAAAGAAGCGCCGAAAACUUUGGAAUCAAGAAUGCCAUGACUGUACUAGAUGAAGACCACUAUGGUCUGAAAGACGUCAAGGACCGAAUCUUGGAGUUCAUUGCUGUCGGCAAGCUACGUGGCACUGUCGAAGGCAAGAUCUUAUGCUUCGUCGGACCACCGGGCGUGGGAAAAACUUCGAUUGGCAAAUCAAUCGCACGAGCACUUAAUCGACAAUAUUACCGGUUCAGUGUGGGUGGCUUGACCGAUGUGGCCGAAAUCAAAGGCCAUCGUCGAACAUAUGUCGGUGCCUUGCCUGGUAGAAUCAUCCAAGCUCUCAAGAAAUGCCAGACGGAGAACCCGCUCAUUCUCAUUGAUGAGGUGGACAAGAUUGGCCGUGGCCAUCAAGGAGAUCCGGCAUCAGCUUUGCUCGAAUUGCUCGAUCCGGAGCAAAACUCGAGUUUCUUAGAUCACUACAUGGAUAUACCGGUGGACCUUUCCAAAGUCCUCUUUGUUUGCACGGCCAACAUGACAGACACCAUUCCCCGCCCCCUGCUUGACCGCAUGGAGCUAAUCGAGCUCAGCGGCUAUGUGUCGGACGAGAAGAAGGCCAUUGCUGAUCGCUACCUUGCACCACAGGCAAAAGAGCUGUCUGGUCUGAAAGAUGUUGAUGUCAAACUCGACGAAUCUGCCAUUGAAGAACUGAUCAACAAGUACUGUCGUGAGUCAGGAGUGCGAAACUUGAAGAAGCAGAUCGAAAAGGUCUACCGCAAGUCAGCAUUGAAGAUUAUACAAGAUCUGGGUGAAGAGGCACUUCCCGAGUCUGAGGCUCUGACAGACGAAGGCAAAGCUGCUCUCGAGGAAAGCAAGAAAGACGAGUCUGAUGUGAAGGACACCCCCGAGUCCAUUGAGAAAGAGACGACAGAACAACCUCGCGUCGCCCUCAAGGUUCCCGAGUCUGUCCAUGUCACGAUCUCAAAGGACAACCUGAAAGACUACGUAGGACCGCCCGUCUUCACUGCCGACCGCCUGUACGAGCAGACGCCUCCUGGUGUCGCCAUGGGCCUGGCUUGGACAAGCAUGGGCGGUGCUGCAUUGUACGUUGAGUCCAUCCUCGAAUCUGCGCUAUCGCACUCAAGCAGGCCCGGUCUCGAACGAACUGGCAACUUGAAACCCGUCAUGAAAGAGUCGAUUCAAAUCGCAUACUCGUUCGCAAAACAUGUCAUGGCUACGCGAUUCCCAGACAACCAUUUCUUCGACCAUGCAAAGAUCCACCUCCACUGCCCUGAGGGUGCAGUCCAGAAAGACGGUCCCUCAGCCGGUAUCACGAUGGCCACAUCCCUGCUCAGUCUGGCCAUGAACAAGCAGGUCGAUCCUGCAUUGGCCAUGACGGGCGAAUUGACGGUGACCGGAAAAGUUCUUAGAAUUGGUGGAUUACGAGAGAAGACCGUCGCAGCGAGACGAGCAGGCUGUUCUAAGAUCCUCUUCCCAAAGGACAAUUGGGGCGAUUGGUGCGAAUUGCCAGAUAAUAUCAAAGAAGGCAUCGAAGGCCAUGCCGUCGACUGGUACAGCGACGUGUUCGACAUUGUCUUUCCCGAUGUCAACGUCGAGGAGGUCAAUGGUUUGUGGAAAGAUGCGCUGAAGAAGCGGAAGGAGGAUAAUGAGAAGGACCGCGACGAUGAGGAUGACGACUGAGCAUCGUCCUCAUAGCCGAUUUAACACGUCUUAAAAGAUCUCGAAAGUAUGGCGGACUUUGUACUCACCGCCGCGUCAGAAGCCUCGAAACUGUCGUAACUCGACAUCAUGUCUUGCCCAUUCGGGCGCGAAAGAGCGGAGAAACCCAAGGUCUGGCCAGACCAUGGGCUUAACAGCGUCGAGACAUAUGUUCUGCGAAUAUCGUUCUGAUUGGACGACGAUUCGACACUCGUGUUGUUGCUUGGUGUGUGACGACCUUUGGCUAUGUCAGGUGUCUGGUUUGGGAUCCAGAUAUUCGAGAUCAAUGCGACUACUCACCGAGCAUGGCAUGUCUGGCGUCAGUUAUAGGAGGGAAUGCAUAUGCGGCCAACCUGGGGAGAGAUCAUUGCUGGUUGCUGGACAUUUCGAAUCAGAACUGGCUCCGGGUGUAUAUGUUAUCAUGUUGUUUGAAAAUGAUGGGAUAGAAUCUCCGCUUUGCCGCAUCACUGUAGGAUAUGUUUGAAGAGGAUGGAAAUGAUCGGAAGCACAGAUCUGCAUGGCGGAUUCGGAGACAUAGACAAUUCAUCAUGCACAAAUGAAUGCCGUGCUACUUCAAUCGUUGAAUGUCC